AUGUACCAGCCCAAGGGUGUGCCUAGUCCAAGCUUAGUUCACGGAAACCAAGUUAUUCGGAAUCAGCCAAUAGAGUGCGGUGCAAGCGUGAUGGAUCCUAUCAGUGGAGCUAACAAUACAAGUAGCAAUCCAAGUUUGGCCUCUAAGCAACGGCUUCGUUGGACGCACGAGCUUCACGAAAGAUUUGUUGAUGCUGUGGCGCAACUUGGAGGGCCAGAUCGAGCUACUCCUAAAGGUGUUCUCAGAGUCAUGGGAGUCCAGGGGUUAACGAUUUACCAUGUAAAAAGCCACUUGCAGAAAUACCGGCUUGCCAAGUAUCUUCCAGAUUCUUCCUCUGAUGGCAAAAAAGCCGAAAAGAAAGAAUCCGGAGACACUCAUUCCAGCAUGGAUGGUUCACCUGGAAUAACUGAAGCACUGAAACUGCAGAUGGAGGUUCAGAAACGGCUGCACGAGCAAUUGGAGGUACAAAGGCAGUUACAGUUGCGGAUAGAAGCUCAAGGAAAGUACUUGAAAAAGAUCAUCGAAGAACAACAGCGUCUCAGUGGCGUUCUCUCGGAUUCCCCUGGCCUGGGGGUCCCAGCCCUUGGGCCCGAGGAUGGCCCAAAUUCUGAUAACAAAACUGACCCACAGACUCCUGGCCCAACAUCUGAGUCACCGCUGGACAAGCCCGUAAAAGAGCGUGCAGCCGCCAAAAGCCUUUCUCUGGAAGAGUCGUUUUCCUCUCGUCAUGAGCCGCUAACUCCUGAUUCUGACUGUCAAUUCGAUAGCCCGAACGAGAGGUCAGGCAAAAAGCAGCGUCUUAAUGCGGAUGUGACAUUUACGAAGCCACAGAUGGUUAUGACACAUUCGAUACUGGAGUCCAGCUUAAGCCCACCUUACCAACAGGCACACCCGCUUUUCCCGAUGAGAGAGCAGUUUGAUAAUCAUUCAUCAGAAUUACCAGCCAGCAGUGGGAAUCACUUGGACAAGGUCUCUGUUAGAAACUUGUGUAAUUGA